AUAAGCAUGGCCGAUUGGACAUCUGCAGAACCCGUUUCGUCUACCCUCGCAGCGGAGCUGGCACCACAUCUGUCAUCCCAGGGAAACCCAGUCCAUCGCUUAACAAGAGAAUCCUUUGCGCAACUCCGGCAAGAGUUAGUGGAGGGGAAAUACAGCCAAUUAAGUCUUGAUGACAGCGUUACCGAUGUUAGCAGGCUCAUUUGCGUUGUUCUCAAGGCAGGUCUGGAGCCGUGUACCAAGAAUAAAGAACCAGGCCACGGCGACCUUAGCGGUCAACUUUCGGACUGUCUAGACAUCAUCCAAAUAGCCGUCGAGAAAGUCCCGCAAACACUGACAGAAGUUCCCGAUCCAGAAAUUCUAGGGGUAAGGGCUUACGCCCCGUUAUACGCUUGGCUGGUUGUUCAACUUCUUCACUUGUCUUGUACUCAAAACAAUUGGACCGUUGAUGAGAAAGUCACCAGGAUUUUCUCGACUAUAGUUCGUGCCCAAUAUAAACACACAAAGCUAUGGUCUCCUUACCAUGCUAUUCCUACUUUCCUACGGGCCUGCGCAAAUGAGGUCAUAUUUUCCUUAGAACAACUCCAAUGCCAGGGACGGUGGGACAUCUCUCAGUUCAAGUCGUCCUUCCCGGUACCCGAAGGACCCAUCUUCGUAGUACUAGGCAAGCUCGGCCUACCUCGCAACCUAUUCGAAAAAAGAGUCUAUAUUGGGUCAUUCCAAGGAGCUGUUCUAGUAACUCUCGGCCUUCUUGAUUCGUUCUUGGUUCGGUCGGAUGGCCACAUCGCUUUUCCCAGCAAGGCUUCGAGCAUGCGGUAUAAUCUAGCUUGGAUUCUAAGUGGUUAUCGACGCAUAUGGAGUGUUGUAUCCAUUUGGCUACAGGGUACCAACCUAGAUAAGAUCGACUCCAAGGUCGAAAUAUGCUCACGCUUCUUGGAAUCUAUACGAACAUGCUGCUUAUGUGAAAACUCUUUUGAAAUUGAACCAGUUUACGAUUCCCUCCAAAUUCUGGGCGACAUAUUGUCCUCAGACUGUUUGAAGCAUUCCACUUCUCUUCAAUCACAAUUAGCCUACUUUAUUGACGAUUUCGUCGAUUUUUCCGAUUGUACGGAAAAACAGCUCAAAUAUGUUAGAAGAAUUGCGCCACCACUGAGCGAUGCGAUGAAAAAAACUACUUUCAAAACCCUCGAAAUUCACCUCCAGACCGCAGUUCACAAUACUCUUACCAACGCGGCGCAGGCACGGUUAAACCCAGGACCGGCGGCGUUUGCAGCCCCCAACGAUGGUGUCGAUGCAAUGACAUAUUCUUUCGCUUCUAACCAAGGGCAUGGGCAGUCAAGCCAGAUGCCAAAUGAUGGCGAAGCUAGAGUAGUAUCCCGGCGUCGUCGUCUCCUACAGUCGGAGACGCAAUGCGGAGUUUCUGUAGCUCAGCAACUCACCUUAAGGUUACUGGAGUCCAUCCGUUAUGAUGGCGCUGCAGACCUAGAGAGCCUUAAGCUUGCGGUUUUCAAAUCUUUCCCUGCUCUUUCUGAGCAGGAAAAGUAUGAAUUCCUGAAUGACUUAGGCCGUCUGCCCUGCGCAAUCAACGAGAGCCUAACGGUGGCUAUUCAAGGCGACCCAGAUUCUUUGGGCAAAGAGCUGUGUCAUAUCUGUGAUGAUGAGCUCCAGAGUCCCAUCCAAUCUGAUGUUCAGAUCAACGAAAUUGAUGUUUUAUGCCAGAUGUUAGCAUUUAUAGUUCCUGAAAUAUCCCGUUCUUCGAUUAUCAGAGUAACUGCGAUGGCUACUUUGAAGCGAACAUUGAUGCACACAUCGAACCCCAUCCACCUACAGCUGUCAGGUUCCAUUUUUGGUGAUUUUCUCCUGGGCUCUCUUCGAAGCUCUGUGCGAGAGCUUCGGGUUAUUGCUGGCCAUACCGUCGAUUGUUUUGUACGCGAUGACCUAGGCCAUGAAACCCGGCGCGGUAACUUCGUUAUCUUUCUGGAUUGGCUAAAGAGCUUAUCUGAGAAGAAAGAAACAGCAUUGCAUGAGACUUGCAUCAUGAGCUUGUGCAGAUUGGCAAGGUUUUCCAAUGAUGAAGAGAUGAAUAUUGUUCUUCUUCGCCUCAUAGAGUAUCUUGGACAUCCAAAUCCAUUUAUCUGUGGGGUAGCGUACACUGAGUUAUCGAAACUUGGGCAGCAACUUGCUGUCACACCCGCCGCCUUGUUCCGGCCCUUUUGGAGGACACUUUCUGUGAUAGUCGUUAAAAAUUUGCAGUGUCGUCCGUAUAUGGCGGAGCAAUUGUGUGACCUACUCGGCAUGACAGUUGACGAUUUUCUAAGACUAACAGAAGUCUAUGUUUUGCCGCAUCUGGUACUCUUACGAAAAAGGGAGAUUAUUAUUCGGAUUGGAGGAACCUAUAAGGAUGGCAAAACCCCCUUUGAUAUAUGCUCUGAGAAAGAUAAUCUUGCAGCAAUACUAGCGUUUUUAUUAUGCCAACCCUCUCCGGAUCCUCAAAAAAUGAUCAUGUCCACAUUGUCGGCCGUGGAUUCCGCUUUCGACGGCCGCGUCUUGGCAGAGCUGGUGAGAAUAGAGCCGAUCUUAAUUGCUUGCGAUCUAUUGAAAGGCCUUGGUGAUACAGGAGAAGACAAGGGAGGAAGAUUUUACCAAGCUCUACAUGUUCUGGCCUCUCUCGUGCCACGCAAGUCUUCACACACUUCAAGACAACCAAACUUGAUAGGUCACUUCAUUGAGGAGCAUGUCCUUGGAAUAAUCACACAGUUUGCACAUGCCAUCAAUGAUUUUCAAAUCAGACAGUCUAUUGUUGAGAAGAAAAGAAAUAUCAUGGCCAUCGGGGCUAUGAUUAAAGUAGCCCCUGGCUAUGUCAGCAGUGCUUUACCUCAGAUAUGUGCUUGUCUGCGAUCUGCAUUGGAAUUCAAGGACCUCUGCAACAACUCCUUUAGAGUAUGGGGUGUUCUAGUAAGAUCUUUGCAUGAAGAGGAAGUUGAGCCCCUCCUUGACCAAACUCUUUCUAUCGUGAUAAAACAUUGGGCCACCUUCACCGAAGACACUAGGAGAUUUGCUUACCAGCUCGUCGAGCAUGUCCUGGGGUUUCACAACGAACUUUUACAGGAUGUUUUUGGCACCAUGCCUUCAUUGGCUUCAAUACCCAUGCUCUCCAAAUUCGAUACUAAAAUCAACAAGAUGAAAGAUACUAUGGAUGUUCGAUGCCAUUUCAUUGCAUUUUCUCGGCGUUGUUUGAGUGAAAAUGCCACAGUCGUUGAACAAGCCUUAACAGAACUUGUUUCAUACCUCUCAAGGCAUGAGGAGUUCCUUCAUAGAUCUGUCAUCAGUGAGCAGCCAGAUCCUGCUGUGAUGCACUUGGUUAGGUCUUUACUUGACUGCUGUGUAAAGUUCAACACUACAUCGGAAUCCAUUACCCUUCUAUCCGCUCGCUGCCUUGGCCAUAUCGGCUGCUUAGAUCCAAAUCGAGUGGAUUCGAUCAAAGAGAAAAAAGAGAUCCUCGUUCUGUCAAAUUUUGGUAAAAUGGAAGAGACGUUUGACUUCGUGCUUUUCUUUUUCCAACAUGUGCUAGUUGAUGCUUUCUUAUCGGCGUCCAAUACGAGGGCUCAAGGAUUUCUAGCUUAUGCUAUGCAAAAUCUACUGCGAUUUUGCAAUUUAAACUCCGCCGUCGCCCAGCGUUCGCGCGAUGUGGCUGACGAAAAGUAUCAACGAUGGUUGGAGCUUCCUGAGGCCGUCCGUAACAUUUUGACGCCCUUCUUGACGUCAAAAUAUACUGUCACCAUCGGAGCCACGGGCUCCGGCUGCACCUAUCCUCUAUUUUCACCAGGACUGAGCCAUGCAGACUGGUUGCGAAGCUUUGUUCAAAAUUUACUACAAAGCGGAAAUGGUGAUAAUGCGAGAUCGGUAUUUGGCGUUUGCAGUCGUAUAAUCAAAGGGCAAGACAUUGCAAUAGCAUCAUUCCUACUUCCAUUUGCUGUCUUGAACCGUGUGGUUGGAGGAACUCAGAAAGAAAAGGAUGAUUUACACGGUGAGCUUAUGAAUAUCCUAACUUAUUCCCUUCCUGAAAAUAGGAAUGAGUUACACGAAGCCAUCUUACUAUGCAGCCAGAGUGUUUUUGAAGUAUUGGAUUAUCUUUCGAGAUGGGUCCAGGGGAAAAAAAAACAGCUAGGUACCUUAAGGAACCGCGGACACCACAGAGCCUCCAAGGAGAACGACCGGGAUUUAUUGGUGGGCUCGUACUCUUCUCAAAUCAAAGCGGUGGAAUCUCUUCUGAGCUCCAUGCCACCAGAAGUGAUAUCUAAGCGAGCUGUGGAGUGCAAGUCUUUUUCUAGGGCUCUAUUUCAUUGGGAACAGUAUAUUCGUCAAUAUACGAGCCAGCCUCAAAAACAACAACCCGCGAGCUUAGAACCACUUUACCGACAUCUUCAGGAGAUUUACAGCCAGAUUGACGAGCCCGAUGGUAUCGAGGGAAUCUCAACUCACCUACACGUUCUUGACAUUGACCAGCAAGUCCUCGAACAUCGAAAGGCAGGGAGAUGGGCCACAGCACAAAGCUGGUAUGAAUUGCAACUCGAAAAAGAACCAGGUAACUUGGAUGCCCAGUGGGAUCUGUUUACAUGCUUAAAGGAAUCGGGACAACAAGACGCAAUUCUCACCCGUUUUGAGGUUCUCAAGCCGACUAGUUGUAUGGCCAAGUUUCUUCCUUUCGCAGUCGAGGCAUCUUGGGUAACCGGGAAAUGGGAUAAGAUGCACAGCUAUCUCGAGCUUUGUGCGCGAAAGACAGCAGAUUUUAACAUAGGUAUUGGUCUGGCUUUAGAUGCUUUCCGUCAGGGCGAGAGACAGCAGUUUGGCAAACUUAUCGAUGGGUUACGAUUGAGUGUCGCUAAGGCUCUUACAACAAACUCCGUUACAUCCUUACAAUCAUGUCACGAUAGUAUGCUCAGAUUGCACGCACUGACAGAGGUUGAGUCUGUUAUAUUGGCGAGAGAUGCGCACCAAAAUCCGGAUUCACGCACGGAUCUACGGAAUUCUUUAGAUCGUCGGUUAGACGUUCUAGGGGGGUAUUUAUCUGACAAACAAUAUCUUCUCGGGCUAAGGAGAGCUGCCAUGGAGUUGAGUGGUACUUUCGUUGACUCUGACAUAGCCGCUGCGUGGCUGACGAGUGCUCGAUUGUUGAGGAGAGGCAAUUUUGGCAAUCAAGCAUAUCAGUCCAUGCUUAAUGCUGCUCAUUUAAAAGACCGCUCUGCCACUAUCGAACACGCGAGACUACUCUGGAAAGACGGUCAUCACCGGAAGGCCAUACAGAUUUUAGAGGGCGCAAUAGCUGCGAAUGAAUUUGCUUCGACCGCAUCUAAUCCUGACAAUCCAAAUCCACAAUCCGCUAUCUCCAGUCAUGAGAAUCACCAAAAUCUACUCGCUGCUAGGGCACACCUAUUAUUAGCGAAAUGGACCGAUAGAGCAGGACAAACCCAGUCGGAUAUUAUAGUGCAAAGGUAUCGCGAGGCCAUCAAGCUACAUUCAAGAUGGGAAAAGGCCCAUUAUUAUCUUGGAAAGCACUACAACAAGAUCUUGGACUCGGAGAAAUUGAAGCUGCCAGGGAAGGAGGCACAAAUAUAUUUGAGCGGUGAAGCGUCAAAACUGGUCGUUGACAACUACCUUCGGUCAUUGGCACACGGGAAUAAGUACGUUUUCCAGUCACUACCCAAAGUCCUGACUCUUUGGCUGGAACAUGCUUCUGCUGUCGAACAGCCAUUUGAUCCGAAAAGGGGUGAUAAUGCGGACUUCCAAGCGCACACGCUAAAUCAACGAAAAAAGAGCCUGGAUGACAUGCACUCGCAGUUGAAAAAAUAUGUCAAUAGGAUGCCAGCUGCCUUGCUUUUUACAAUCCUACCCCAAGUCGUCGCACGAAUCUGCCACCCAGCCCCUACAGUCUGUACUCUGUUGACUAGAAUCGUGGCAAAGGCAGUGAAUGCUUUCCCCCAGCAAGGACUAUGGACUGUUCUGGCCGUUGUCAAGUCAUCCUCCAAGGACCGAGCGUCAAGAGGUUUUACUUGCCUCCAAAAAAUAACCGACGUCAACAAGAAAUUGAAGACCGAGGCAAGCAUUGACAUCCGCGGAAUGAUUAGCCAAGGCCAAAAAUUCUCAGAUGAGCUGUUACGGUUGUGUGUAGCCAAGAUCGAGAAUAAAAUUUCUCGGAUAAACCUUGCGCGACAUGUCAACUUCAACCAUAAAGUAACGCCAUGUCGACUCGUCGUUCCCUUCCAGGCAAUGCUUACCCCAAGCUUACCGGGUAGUCAUGAUUCAGAGUAUCUAAAGGGCUUCAGGGCCUUUCCUCGAGAUUCUACCACUAUCGAAGGGGUCCUUGACGAUGCUCAAAUUCUUAGCUCUCUCCAAAAGCCUCGUAAAAUUGGCAUCCGAGGGUCUGACGGGAGGGUAUACAAUAUCCUGUGUAAACCAAAAGAUGACCUUCGUAAGGACCAACGCUUGAUGGAGUUCAAUAAUAUGAUCAACAGAUUCCUAAAGAAGGACGUGGAAUCCAGCAAAAGGCGCAUGUAUAUCAAAACAUACGCCGUUACGCCGUUAAAUGAAGAAUGCGGGCUUAUUGAGUGGGUGGACAACCUAAGAACCUUGAGGGAUCUAGUCACAAAGUCACUUAGGGAGAGGGGAAUUACGCCAAAUUACGAGGAGAUACGCCAUUAUCUUACUGAAGCAUGCUCGGACCCAUCCAAAGUCUCAUUAUUCACAGACAAGAUUCUAGCAGCAUUCCCGCCUGUUUUGCAUGAAUGGUUCGUGGAGAUGUUUCCCGAGACGGGUGCCUGGUUUGCCGCAAGACUUCGAUAUACUCGGUCCUGUGCUGUUAUGUCGAUGGUUGGUUAUGUCUUAGGGCUGGGAGACCGACAUGGCGAAAACAUACUCUUCGAGGAAGGCACCGGCGGUGUUCUCCAUGUCGAUUUCAACUGUCUUUUCGACAAGGGCUUGACGUUUGAUAAGCCAGAGUUGGUUCCGUUUCGGUUGACCCAGAAUAUGAUUGACGCAUUUGGGGCUUAUGGAUAUAAUGGUCCAUUCCGGAAAACUUGUGAACUAAGUCUCGAUCUUCUGCGGCAGAAUGAAGAUGCACUCAUGACCAUACUUGAAACGUUCUUGCACGACCCAACAACUGAUUUUAUUGGAAAAAAGCGCCGAACUCAUGCAAACGUCCCGGAUACCCCUGCUGGCGUCCUAGAAAACGUUCGUAACAAACUGCGUGGCCUUCUUCCAGGGGAAUCAGUUCCGUUAUCGGUGGACGGUCACGUCGACGAGCUCAUCAUCCAGGCAACUGAUACUCAAAAUCUCGCCGCAAUGUACAUUGGCUGGUGCUCUUUCUUCUAGCAUAGGUAACGCAGCUCCGUAAUCCGUGGGCCCAAUGACUGAACACUAUUCAUCACCGACCGGAAUAGAUUAUCAAAUGGGGAUCUACCCCGAGUCCGACAAGCAAGGGUUAGUAAGGUAAACCCAUUCGUCCAAUCAAUAAUGAUAUUGGAGGUAGCUUUCCUACCAUGAUGCGAACGUAAAUCCUUACGUAAUGCUGCCAUAGUUUACCUCCUUAACGGACCAUUUUAAUUGCGCCCCCUAUCUCUACUGUGGGCC